GUGAACUCGCGGAAGUGACAGGCGGCUGGGCCAAUCGCGACGCUCCCCCGGAGCAGAGCGUGAAGGGGGCACAGGCGCACGAGAGAGAGGGCGCAGAAGCCGAAUGGUGGAGCAGAAGAUGGCGGAUGGCGACAGCGGGAGUGAGCGCGGCGGUAGCAGCGGGGGAGGAGGAGGCGGCGGAGGCGGCGGCGGCGGUGGUGGUGGUGGUGGUAGCGGCGGAGGCGGCGGCUUCCAGCACUUCCAGAGGGACCAGGAGACCCAGGAGCUGGCGUCCAAGCGCCUCGACAUCCAGAACAAGCGCUUCUACCUGGACGUGAAGCAGAACAGCAAAGGCCGGUUCAUCAAGAUCGCCGAGGUCGGGGCCGGCGGCUCCAAAAGCCGCCUGACCCUCUCGCUCUCCGUAGCCGCGGAAUUCCGCGACUACCUCGGAGACUUCAUCGAGCACUACGCCCAACUGGGGCCCAGCAGCCCCGAGCAGAUCGCCCAGGCGGCCGCGGGGGCGGAGGACGGCGGGCCGAGGCGGGCUCUCAAGAGCGAGUUCCUCGUCCGGGAGAACCGCAAGUACUACCUGGACCUGAAGGAGAACCAGCGGGGGAGAUUCCUCCGGAUCCGGCAGACGGUGAACCGCGGGCCCGGUGGCGGCUACGGCGUCGGGGGAGGGGGAGGAGGGGGGAACCCCGGCAUGCUGUCCGGCCAGACCAUCGCGCUCCCGGCCCAGGGGCUCAUAGAGUUCCGGGACGCCCUCGCGAAGCUCAUAGACGACUACGGAGGGGACGACGAGGAGCUGGCCUCCGGGGCAGGGGGCGCGGGCUCCGGGGAGCUCCCCGAGGGCACCUCCAUCAUGGUGGACUCCAAGCGGUUCUUCUUCGACGUGGGCUCCAACAAGUACGGCGUGUUCCUGCGCGUCAGCGAGGUGAAGCCCAGCUACCGGAACUCUAUCACGGUGCCCCUCAAGGCCUGGGGCAAGUUCGGGGGCGCCUUCAGCAGGUACGCGGAGGAGAUGAAGGAGAUCCAGGAGCGGGUCCGGGAGAAGGGGUUCGAGAGGAGGGACGAGUCCGAGGGGGACGAGGGGGACGACGACUGAUGGGAGACGGAAAAUAGGAAGCAAGGAAAGGGGGGAAUAUUAUAAUAAAUAUAAUUAAUGGGUGUUAGUGCAGAUGGAUCUGCAUGGGAGCCCAUUUCUAUCAGUGUGUGAGUCAUAAAUAUGAGACGCCAUCAUUAUAAUGACUAAUAUUUCAUAAUUAUGAGUUAGCAUCUCCAAACUCUGAUUAUGAGAUGCUAACUCAUAAUUAUGACAAUCUUAAUUUUGUCAUCACAGUGGCAUAAAUGGGCUUCCACAGAUCUGCAAUAUAGGUGGUAUUUUGCAUAAAAACAAGAAAAACAGACAGAUAAAAGUGCAUGACAAAUGGUGCUGUAAUAGCCUACUAAAGUAUCGUGGCGUUAUCAAAAUAAGUACAUGUGCAGGGAAUUAUUGGUGUUAUCCUUGGAGUGAUCUCUAAAAAGUGAGAAGUGGGCUAAGUGUGUAAAUGAGAGGCAUCUCAUUGGGGAGAAGAAGAAGAGGAAGAAAAAGAGUGCUUUAUUGUAAAAGAUAAAUAAUAAAAGAGAGGACAUACUAAAACCAGCAAAAUUUGGUUUUUAUAACUUUAGAAAAUGAAGCCAACGAAUGCUUUUUUUUCCUAUUUGAAAAACAUAGUUUAUAUUUAAAAAGAGUGGAGGAGUGUUUUAAGAUGUUUUCCCCCGGUUUAAGGAGAGAUAACGAGCAUCCAUUGUAUUCCUGUCCAGGUCUCCUCGGUGGGGGAUUUUAUUUUAUUUAGAGGAAAGUACAGAACGUUGCUGUGGAUGAGUCUGCAAAGAAAGAUUACCCAAAAUAUUUAAGGGGAAAUUACUGAGAGGAUUAUCUUUUUUCUUUUUAAAGCCCAAAACGACAAACGGGGGCCUUUAAAGUUUAGUUUUUUUAAAAACGAAAGCUUUGACUCCAGUAGUCAACGACGGUGCGGAUCAGCUGGGUUUUAUGUUAUACAUAUAAUCUUAACCGUAACAUAAUUUUACCGCUAAAGAGUCAAAACUGCCUCACGCCAGAGCAUCCCUGGCGUUUGAGAACGACAGCCAACACGUGGGUGGAGGACCGUCUUUGGGCCCCCCUCCCCGGCACCACCGGGGGGCGCCGUUCAGAUCCUCACGCAGGACUUUAAAAAAAAAAAAUACAAAAUGCUCCCGUCGUGCCACCACGAGGGUCCAAAUAUCUGGCGCUGGAGCGUCGCACCCAGCGAAGCUUCUCUGACCUCCUAGCUCUUCCUGAUGAGGUGUUUUUUGUUGUUGUUUUUUUUUUUCCCAUCAGCCUCUCUGUCACGGUCAGAGCUGGAGAGACGGCCGUCUCGACCAGUUGUUUUUAUUUCUUGACGUAACAGCGGCCAACGCGCGAAGACUCUGGACAGAAACACAUUGAUGGAUGUUGUUUUUUGUUUUGUUGUUGUUGUCGUUGUUGUUUUCAAAAAGAGAACUAUAUUGAAAAUGAGAUUCUACUUGUAGGGGAGCAAAAAAAUAAAAAUAUUACUGAGCAAACCAGCAAAAAAUAUUUUGAAAUGCUUAUAAAGGAAAAUGUAUUGUGUAAAGGAAUUUCAAGUCUAAAACUAAUAUUAAUAAUAAUAAAAAGGUUAAUUUCUUAAAACAAA